AACAUGCCACCCCCAGACUCAACGACCCCCCGGAAUCUAGAAAUAGCAUUUAUCUCUGGCCCUCUGGACAUAGGCCUAGACAACACCUACUUCCACACCCACUACGUACCUCAAAUCAACACAGCUAUCGACCGCGGACAUCGCUUUGUGAUCGGCCCCGUCGCCGGUGUAGACAGGGCCGCAUUGGAUUAUCUCCUCUCGUAUCCUAUUCCUCCAUCACAUAUCACUAUUUUCGUGACUCCUACUGAGAAUAUAUUGAUGGGCGAUGAAUUCCGCUCUCGUGCGGUCAAUGUACAUGUUGUCGAUGGGGGUCUGAAUAUGACGACUCGGGAUCGCGAUGCGGCGAUGACCAGAGCUAGCUCUUAUGAUAUUCUCAGGUGGAGACCGAGGAAGGAGGCGAAGGAGUUCUACGGACCGAUGUAUAGGGAGGGGUACGUCACGAAUACCGAGAUGAAUUGGAGGCGGCGGAGGGGAAUUAGUGAGACCGAGGUAGUGAAGGAAGAAGAUGUGGAUAUCUUUCGUGAUGACAGGAAGCGCUCCUUGGGGAAACAACUUGUUAAUGCGCUUUCCGACUCAUUUUGCACUGUUUCACAACCCUCUUAGGAUUGAUCUAGUUGGGAUGAUAAUGGAGGUGUUUAUGAGAUAUAGCGUUUUCAAAGCUGUAUAGAUUCAAAUGAAUAUCUGUGUAAUUGUACACAGGAUAUAUCUAUAAAUACAAGUAC